UAUUGUUUCCCCCACAAAAUGUUCGUUUAUAAAAUUUCAUAUUUCACUUCAGCAAUACAUAUUAUACAAUAUAUGCUGUAAAAUUAAUUUUAUUUAAAUAGAAGAGAAGAAUUAUUUAACUAAAUACAUGUAUAUACAUUCUGUAGAUUUAAAAAAUAUGAAAACAACAUAAAAAUGACAGAAAAAGAAGCUGUUCGUUUUGAAGAAGCGGAAAGAAAAAGACUGGUCAUUAUAACAAUCACAGCGAUAAUUUGUUUCAUACUAGGAUAUAUUGUACGGAAUUAUACGAUUCUAGUGGGGUUAAUAUGUGUAUUGAACGUUUAUCUCAUAACUGGGAACAGGUAUCAAUGGCUAUACAUAUGGAAGAAAACAUUCUACAGGGAUAUGCUUGGUCUCCGGGUACUCCUAGUAACGAUGUUUACAAUAUGGCUGUGGGAACGAAGAGGUGUCACUGUGGUUAGCAGAUGGAAUAAGAUUUCACAAAAAAACCCCGACAAGAAAGCAUUCGUUAUGGGAAACCGAUCUUUGACUUUUCGGGAGGGGGACCAACUGAGUAAUCGUAUGGCUUGGUAUUUCAAGAACCAGGGUUUCAAAACGGGAGAAGUUAUAGCCCUGUUCAUGGAGACGCAACCUGAAUAUGUGUUUCUGUGGCUGGGACUGGCCAAACUUAGGAUAACCACAGCUCUAGUAAAUACAAACUUACGCGGGGAUCAAUUGAUACAUUGUUUAAAAAUUGCGAAAUGUAAGGCCGUCAUAUUUGGGGACGAAAUGAUUGACGCAAUAAAAGCGAUACAAAGUCAAAUACCAGAUAUUCCCCUUUUCCAAUUCAAUGCAGUUGACAGACAAACAGUGCCAGUAGUAAACGACGCAACCUUUUUGACGGCUGAGUUAAAUGAGAUGUCUUCUGAAUCAUUCACUGAUAUAGAACCUGCAAAGCCAAGGGAUACUUUGUUAUAUAUUUACACUAGUGGGACAACAGGUUUUCCCAAAGCCGCCAUUAUUACUAAUAUAAGAUACCUCCUUAUUCCUCUCGGUGUGCAUACAUCUGGUCGACUAACAUCUUCGGACGUAGUCUACGAUCCUUUACCCUUGCAUCAUACAGCUGGUGGAGUACUAGGUGCUGGACAGUGCCUUAUCCUGGGUUGUACUGUGGUACUGAGGAAGAAGUUCUCCGCCAGCAACUAUUGGAUCGACGCUGCAAAGCAUGGCUGUACGGCUGCUCAAUACAUUGGUGAAAUCUGUCGAUACUUACUGACAGUGCCACCCAGCCCACAUGACCGUGCUCACAGUGUGCGUGUCUUGAUCGGAAACGGACUGAGGCCACAAAUUUGGCAGGAAUUCAUUGACAGAUUUGCCAUCAAACAGGUCUUGGAAUUUUAUGGUGCUACUGAGGGCAACAGUAAUUUAAUAAACUUAGAUUCCAAAAUAGGUGCCAUUGGAUUUUUAAGCCGUCUUGUAUCGUCUAUAUACCCCUUGAAUUUGGUUAAAUGCGACGAACUAACUGGUGAUAUUUUAAGGGACAAAAAUGGGAGAUGUAUUAACUGUGGACCGUUUGAACCUGGAUUAUUACUGGGCAAAAUAGACCCUAAGAAAGCCAUCUUAACGUUCGCCGGAUACGCGGAUAAGACGGCGUCAGAAAAAAAGAUGGUCAGAAAUGUAAGAGUUGAGGGUGAUUGUUACUUUAAUACGGGAGAUAUCCUUGUCAUGGAUCACUAUGGCUAUUUUUACUUUAAAGAUCGAACUGGCGAUACAUUUAGAUGGAGGGGUGAAAAUGUUUCAACUUCAGAAGUGGAAGCUGUAAUAAGUAAUUUGAUAGGAUUGAAAGAUGCAGUUGUUUACGGAGUUACUAUACCAAACGUUGAGGGCAAAGCUGGGAUGGUGGCGAUCGCUGAUUCGGAGAAAAAGUUAGAUCUUGCAGCGCUUGCUAAAGGUGUUAAUUCCUCGCUCCCCGUCUACGCCAGGCCCUUAUUUGUCAGGAUCCUACCAGAAACUCCUCUUACAGCUACUUUCAAAUUAAAAAAGAAAAGUUUAAUGGAUGAAGGUUUUAAUAUAAAUUUAUACAACGACCCAGUUUACUUUUUAGACCAAAAAUUGGGUUCAUAUAUUCCAGUAUCUCAACAAAUAUAUGAUGAUCUGAUACAAGGUGUCAUUAGGCUGUGAUUUUACCCAAAAAAAAUACAGUGAUCUUCAGGGGAUUUUUAAUAAUGUUUAAUUAUUUUUGAUACUACCAAAAACUCGUUAUAAGGCAAAAUAAUACAAAGAAAGGCUCGCGUCACAAGUAAUAGAGAAAUAUAAACAUGCAAUUGCAUUUGUUUUAAAUAUGUAUACCCAUAUAUAUACAUAUGUACAUAUAUACAUGCUUAUUGUGUAGAUAAAUUCUUGAUACUGAUGUUAUUUUAAAUAUUAUAUGGUGGAAUAGUAAUUUUAUCUUCCAUGAUUUGUGUUCCUUACAAAAAAAACUUUGUAUUAACUAUGAAAGAGAGAGAGGUAUAUUUAGGAACAGCGUCAGAAAAACAACUUUGUUCUCGUUUAAAAGCAAACAAUAAUUAUUGCAACUUGAUCUCAAAGGAAUCUAAGAAAUAUGUGUUUUUAUUUUAAAAAAAUUAAAGUUCUACACAAGUUGAUACCGUGACGUCGUUGUAUAACAAAUAUAGUGUUAAACUAAAGAGUUGGAAUUAAUUUUAAAUACUUUUUUUACUGUUACAAUAUAGGAAUAAAAUAUAUUCUAUAAAAAUAUUAAAAUUUAUUUAUAAAAAUAUUAUUAAUAAUUUAUUUUAUGUAUUAUAUAAUUAAUUCAAUUUAAAUUUUGGACUUUAUUUAAUUUUUUUUAGGCCUUAUUUUAAAUGUGUUUUUUUUUUAUUUCGAUGUAUAAAUUAACUAUUUAUAAAUUUGUUGUUAUUACGAAUUCUUCGCUAUAGUAACGUUUGUCUGAAUUCUUACUAUCGCCAUAAAAUGUGAUUUAAAAUUUGAAAAUACACGUAUUUUCGUUAGAA